AUGCCCAGCCCGGUGCCGCGAGGCCGCCGGCCGCCCACUCCCCCUGGCGCUCGGGACCAGCCCCCGCGCUCAGGCGGUUACCCCGCGCCCCAGCACCGCCCCGCCGGCCCAGGCACACCCCGCGCUCCCGGGCGCCUCGAGUCGUCCUUCUCCGUCGAGGCCAUCCUGGCCAGACCCGCCCGCCCCGCGCCCGCCGUCGCCGCCCCGCUGUCCGUUCCGGCCGGCGCCGCGGUAAGGCUCGGCACGGCUCCCUCCCGGUUUCCCGCGACGUGGCUGCCAGCCUACCUGGGCGUGGGUCUCUACCAGCCGUGCCCCCAGCCGCCCGGGCCGGGGCUCCGCGUGGCUCACUUCUGCGGCCUCCAGGGCCUCGGUGUCACAGGCUUAGAGCUGGCUCACUGCUCAGGCUUCUGGGGCAUCCCAGACUGGGCUCCAGCAGAGGAACUUCAGGACACUGAGAGACCCCAAAAGAGGGUUCGGACUAUGUUUAACUUGAAGCAGCUGGAAGAGUUGGAGAACGUGUUUACAAAGCAGCACAAUCUUGUGGGGAAGAAGAGAGCUCAGCUGGCGGCCCAGCUCAACCUUACGGAGAAUCAGGUGAGGGUCUGGUUCCAAAACCGCAGGGUCAAGUAUCAGAAGCAGCAAAGGCUGAAGCUGCCAGCUGUGUCUGCCGUGGCUGCCUUCCAGGAUGAGCCCUCCAGGAGCUCUGAUGACAGCAUCCAGAGAGAAGACACUGAGUCAGGAGUGGACAGCUAA